AUGGUCAACGGCGAAGCGACAAUUGCCAAGCUGAGCAUCUUUGUGACGGUAGGAACAACGCGCUUCGACUCGCUCAUCAACGCUGUUCUCUCGCAACGCUUCCUCGAUGCGAUCGCAGAGCUCGCAAAAGAGUCACCAUCCACAGAGCCUCGCGUGCAGCUCGUGGUCCAGUAUGGCAACUCGUCCAUCGCGGACAUCCUGACGUCUUCGGCGCUGGCGUCAGCCGACGAAGGAAGCGAAAUCGUCCCUGAGCCAGGGCUUCGCGUAGUCAAUGGCCGAAGAGUGUAUCAGAGUGGACCCAAGAUCGGCGGUCUCGAUCCGGGUCAGACAGGCACAAUAUCCGGUCUACGCCUUCGUACUGCUGCUGCGCCACGCAGCGGUGAUAGCACAUCCGCAGAACCGAGGGAAACUGGAAAGAGCAUCUUCGAUAGCAUGCUCAAUGAGGCCAAAGCCAUGCAAGGCUUCACCAGCAGCACCGCCCACUCUGCUCUGCAAGGCGCAUCGCUAGAAGCAGAGACGUCCAACGGUGUCGAAUUGCAGCUGUUUCAGUUCGCACCAGACCUCAAGUCGUACAUCCAGUCCGCCGACAUUGUCAUCAGCCACGCAGGAUCAGGAACGAUACUGGAUACGCUACGCAUGCGACCGACACCGCCAACGCUGAUCGUGGUGCCGAACACGUCGUUGAUGGACAAUCAUCAAGUGGAGCUUGCAGAAGCACUGGGCCGGGAUAGAUUCGUCAUUGUAGGGUUGGAAGAGACCCUUGCCGAAGAUGUGGUUCGAGCGAGAGAAACGACCUGCGAGGCGUUCCCGGAUUUCGACGCUUCCCGAUUCACAGCGAUUGUGGAUGACCUGAUGCAAUUCUAG